CAGAAGUGGGUCACGGCGCGGCGGAGGGGCAGGUGCCAGAGCCGCCCGGUGCCGCCCGGUGCUUCCCGGUGCCGCCCGGUGCCUCCCGGUGCCGCCGCUCCCCGCCGCGCCCCGCGCCUCUCCGGACCCCCGCGCCGCCCCAUGCGCCCCCCGGCGCCCUGACCGCGGCGGACACGAUGCGAGCCCAAAUCGAAGUGAUCCCGUGCAAGAUCUGCGGGGACAAGUCCUCGGGGAUCCACUACGGUGUCAUCACUUGCGAAGGCUGCAAGGGUUUCUUUCGGAGGAGCCAGCAGAACAACGCCAGCUACUCCUGCUCCCGGCAGAGGAACUGCCUGAUCGACCGCACCAACCGCAACCGCUGCCAGCACUGCCGCCUGCAGAAAUGCCUGGCGCUCGGCAUGUCCCGCGACGCGGUGAAGUUCGGCCGCAUGUCCAAGAAGCAGCGGGACAGCCUCUACGCCGAGGUGCAGAAGCACCAGCAGAGCCAGGAGCAGAGCGGCGGCCCCAAGGAUGAGCCCGAGCCCCUGAGCCGCGUCUACACCACCAGCGUCAGCAGCGGCCUCUCGGACCUGGACGACAUCUCCACGCUGUCGGACGGGCUSCUCUUCGACUUCCCCCUGACCCCUGACGGCAGCAGCACCUACUACAACCUGGACCUGCUGGCCUCGGCGCAGCCCUCGCCCGACCAGUCCAGCCUGGACGUGGCGGACGCCACGCUCAUCAAGCAGGAGUCCAUCUACGAGCUGAUGCUGGAGCCGGCGCUGCUGGCGCACGGGGCGCUGGAGGGGGCUCAGCUGCCCCCCGACAUCUCUGUCCUGGAGAUUGACCGGGUGGCGCAGAACGUGGUGAAGUCGCACCUGGAGACGUGCCAGUACACGACGGAGGAGCUCAAGCGCCUGGCGUGGAGCCUCUACUCCCCSGAGGAGGUCCGUGCCCUGCAGAGCAAGAGCUGCGAGGCCAUGUGGCAGCAGUGCUCGCUGCAGAUCUCCAACGCCAUCCAGUACGUGGUGGAGUUCGCCAAGCGCAUCGAUGGCUUCAUGGAGCUCUGCCAGAACGACCAGAUCAUCCUCCUGAAAGCCGGUUGCCUCGAGGUGCUCCUGAUCCGCAUGAUCCGCGCCUUCAACCCCCUGAACAACACCGUCCUCUUCGAGGGCAAGUUCGGCGGGAUGCAGAUGUUCAAAUCUCUYGGUAAGGGUCGCCCUCCCUCGGGGCUCUCCUCCACCUCCUUUCAUUUCCUUCCCUCACCUUCAUGUCCCUGUCCCCUCAGUGUCCCUGUCCCUCUGGUGACUCUGUGGUCUCUCGCAGAUCGCCCGUGGCUGACCGAGUCCAAGAAGGUGCAGAAGCUCCAGGACAAGAUCUACGUGGCCCUGCAGCACGAGAUCCAGAAGAAACACUCCGCCGAGGACAAGCUCUCRAAGAUGGUUUCCAAGCUGCCCCUGAUGAAGACCAUUUGCAACCUGCACUUGGACAAGCUGGAAUUUUUCCGUCUCCUGCACCCGGAGACCGCCAUGAACUUCCCCCCUCUCUACAAGGAGGUUUUCAACUCGGAGCUUCAGUACAGCGACCCCCGGGAGAGCUAAGGCCGGGAGCCAGCAGCCCCCCUUCGAGCCCCCCUAAAAAUUUGGAGACAAACUGCACUUCCGAGGUUUGGGGCAGUUUAUUGAAAUCGAAAAAUCAAACUCAAGAGAAGCCCCGGGGGGGCCGCGGCGCCUCCCCGGCCCCGUCUCCCGGCCGUGGAUUGCAAUAGCUCUUGAAUGUAAAGCACCUUGAAGGAAAAAGCAAACGGACUUUGCCAUACCAGUGAAAUGAAUGUGAAAUCUCUGCUGGGGAGAGGAGAUGCUCCCGGUGAUGUGGGAGGAGGGAGCGCCCUUCCCGCUGGCCCGGCUGCACUCUCCGCCUCYGGUUUUUAUUGCUUUGUUUUUUAAUUAUUAUUUUUAUUUUAUUGGGGUUUUUUUUUGUUUUCGUUAACCCGAACACCCAGGCAUGGGAUGAAGAAGGGGCAGCGCUGACUCGGCUGGAUGGGGUUGGGGUUGGAGCUGAGGAGAGGGUAAAGACAGAGCCUUUGCUUUAUUCCUUCUCCCAUGGGUGCUUGGCCAGGAAAGGUCUGGCUGUGGCUUGUGGGGGAUUCAGGAUUUUCCCCUGGAGGAGGCUGCUUUGAGGGAAAGGAUGCCCAGUGCAGCGGGAGAAAAGUUUUGCAGGGUCUCCAUGCCCUCCACCAUGGCAUUUCCCCAAAUUCCYGGCCAGCUGGGCAUCCACCUGGCUUUGUGGAGCUGAUUGAGCAGAUUCCCCUGCCCUGUGCCACCUUUCUGCAUCCCCAAAGCUUUCCCAAGCCUGUGGGACUKCAGCCAGAGCCCAAAUCCUGGCUAUCCCACCCAUGGGCACUGGAGAGGCUCCUGUCCCCACAGGAUGGCCACACCAACGGUGACUUUCUGGGUGAUGUUUUGUGGGGUUUUCCUGUCAAUCCCAUUAAAACUGCCCCAUGGGUCCAGAGCAGGGUUUGUGACCCUUCCCCUGCCCACAGCUGGUCCCAUUCCUGUGAUCCCCCUUCCCACACCACACACAGGAGCCCAGAUGAGGCUGCUGUUCCAGGUUGAGUUGGACCCAGGCUUUCCCCUCAAUGAGCUCCUUAAAACUGUUAUUUUGGGGUUUGUUCUCUAGUUAGCAGGAUUUAGGAGCUUUUUUGGGGAAGGAAAUGCCUGUUGGGGUCAGGGAAAAGUGAAAGAUCCUUAUUCCUUCCCUUCAAGGAWUGAGGAUGGUUGGAAGGUGUGUGGUGUGUUUGGGAUCUGCUGCUCCUUUUGGGAUGCUCAAAAGGGGAUGAAGGGAAGGAUUUUUGGGGUGAUGCUGUMGGAGGCCGCAGCAGCAGGGGAUGCUUGAGAGACUCCGUGGCUCUGCAGAUGGAUUUUUUUUUUCCGUCCCCGUUCCUGCUCCCGCUAUAGCGAAUGCCAAAAACUACAAGGGAAAAACCCGCUCCGAGGCAGCCCCAGUUUCURCUGACAAAGGGCUAAAACCCCAAGCCCCUUUCCUGCUUCGUGUGGAUUCCUCGUGCACCCAACCCCAUCCUCCGGCAGUUCGGAUCGUCCCCGAGCAUGAGCCAAAAAAAAAAAAAC